AUUGUAAACUUGGUGCCCAUUGGUUGAUUUCAAUUUGUACGCCAUUUUGCCGCCAUUUCAGUCGAAAAUCGUAAUGUCUGACACCGAAAAAACCGAUGUUGCCCCUCAAAAGGAGAAGGAAGAUGUAGAAGAAGAGGCUGAUAAGUUGAAAGACGAAGAAGAAAUGGACGAACUUGAAGAUUCAAAAGAAUUAGAAGAAACUGACACAAAAGAAGAGGAAGAGGAAGAAAUGGAAGAAAAACCUGAAUCAAAGCCUGAGCCAGUGGAAGCAUCCCCCAAGAAGUCUCCAAAGAAGAGAAAAAAGGUGGAAAAAGAAGAAGAAGAUGAUGAAGAAGAGGAAGAACUGCCAUUGGGAUUGUUGGAGAGGCCUGUAGUGAUUGAAUCUGGGAAGAGAGAGAAGAAGAAAGUGGAAAGGUUGGCGAUGACCAUGACCUUUGCCCCUCAGCACAGGAAGAAGGUUGAUGUGCCUGAAGGAAGUGGUGCCAAGCUUGGAGAAUGCCCUAGAAUUGAAUUCAAAAUUGCACACUUGAAAGCAGAUGACUUGAAGACGUUACAUCGAAUAGUUUUUGGAAAGAAAGGAACCUCACAAGAAGUCAAAAAGAAUCUUCGACAGUUUUGUGGGUUUUCCUUUUCAAAAGAAGACAAGGAGUAUGACAAGAGAGUUGCUAUCAUUGGCAAGUUAACGCUCCCAGUGUUGAAGACAAUCUGUGAGGUGCUUGACCUGGAGAGGUCAGGAGUCAAGGAUGACGUGGUCCAGAGGGUUAUGGACUUCCUCAUGCACCCAUCGGACUCUGGCAGGAAAGUACCGGAGCCCAAAAAACGGGGUCGGGCAUCGAAGGAGAGGCGAGACAAGGGAGUGAAACGGAAGCGAGCAGAAAAGAAAGAGGGCAAGAAGAAAAAGAAGAAAACAUCAAAAGAAGACGUGGAGUCUGAGAAUGAGGAGGAUGAGGAUGAAGAUGACGAGGAGCCUGAGGAAAAUGAUAAGGAUGAUGACGAUGAUGCAGAUGAAGAUGGGGAUGUAGAAGAGGAGGAAGAGAGCGAGGAAGAGGUUCCUAAAAAGAAAAAGGCAAAGUUGGAAACACCCAAAAAGCCUAAAGAAGAGAAAAGAGAGAAGAAGGAAAAUGACAAGAAGGAGAAGAAAGAGAAGGCAGCCAAGAAAGCAGAGAAGAAAGAAUCAAAGAAGAAGAAAGUUGAAUCAGAAUCGGACGAGGAGGAUUCAGAAGACGAAACAUUAGCAUCAAAGAAAACAGGACCACCAAAUAAUGAUGAAUUGCGUGAUGUUGUUAAGAAAAUUUUAGAUGGUGCCAAUUUGGAGGAGGUGACGAUGAAAACAGUUGUAAAACAGGUUUAUGCAAAGUAUCCAGAAUUUGAUUUGUCAGACAAAAAAGAAUUCAUCAAAAACACAGUCAAACAGCUUAUAUCAUGAGAGCAGUGAGGAAGGACGUUGGUGAAAUGGCAGCCAAUCAUAAUGAAACGUACACACGCAGGAGGGCCGGACAAUUCUGUGAAGACAGCAGCUCCAUGAGUGUGUUGGAAAUCAUUGCAUAACUGAGUAGGGCCGAACCACACUGACUCACCACUAGUGAAUGUUGGAGCCUUCGGUAGAUCCUUGUAUAGACAUUUAUCAUGGAACAUGUCACCUAGAUUUUAUUUUUCAUCAUCACAAUCUUAGCUUCAUUUUGAAUUUCCAGCUUUUACUCUCAUCGAUGCCACUAUUAUCACCCAUUGUCGAUUUUAAUGUGUUUUAUUGGAAUUGUAAUAUAUGUGAUGAUGAUGAUCAUGUGCUUCAGCCACACCCAUGGUUUUAAUACGUUUCCAGGCAAUGGGAGAGACUAGGUGUCUGUCUUGUUAAUGUCGUCUGUUCCGAUCUCAUGGAGAACAAACAGUGCUUGCAAUUGACACACUCCACCUUCAAUUGACACUCAUUGUGUGAAAUUGACUCUCGUGAAGCUAUUUUUUAUGAAUCUCAUGUAUCUUUUUAGUGUGAUUCUUUACAUGAAACAAAUGAUCUAAAAGCCAAAGGGUUUAUUCCUAAUCGUUAAGAUUUGAUUGAUGAACAAAAUCACAUCUUUCAUAUACAUUGUUAAUUUGUAUUUCCCAUUUACCUUGUUACAGUUGUUGAUUUCAAGCACUGUGAGAAAUAUACCAAUACAAGUUGUAAAAUUUACAAAUAAGAAAUGUGCCUCAGUGUGUUCCAAGCCUAAACCUGCUUACGGUGGUUAACUUGGUUAACCUCAAACCUCGGUGUAAUCAUUCAUAAGGUCCUUUAUAGCAUGUAUUUCCAUGAAUUAAGAAUUAGACUGCACAAGUUCUGCUCAAUUCCUUUUCUUUAGAUUUGUUAUGCUUGGUUUAGCAGUGAACCAUGUUCAACGCAGGGCACUUAAAGGUAGCCAUCAAGUGCUGCUUAAUCGCAAACGAGGCUUAUAAAUAUGUGCUGUUUAAGAACACAAGGUGUUCAUGUAUACAACUCAAAAGAAGAUUCUUUCUUAUUAUUAUAGUUAUCUGUCAUGCCGUGACAGAUUAACAAGAGUAGUGUAAAAGAAUCAGGUGGUUUUUUUUAACUUCUUUUGAGUAGUAUUCAAUGUGAAACAGUUUCCUGUGCGAAAAGGGCAUUCCAUUGUGGCAUAUUUAGGUCACAUGUUAUUUUAAGUCUUCUAGCCUUUUGGCAUCACUUGAUGAUUACCUUUAACAUAUGUAUACCUUAGUGGCAAGUGCAACAGGAAUUUAUACUCACAACAUCAGAGUUAUAUCAUCAUCUUCUUGUUGAGUAGGGGUUGAAUUAUUGUGAAUGAUGGCACAGUACGGUUUGACUAGGAUCAUCUGAGGCUGAAGUUGGGCCACAAUAUGGGAUUGAUUGUAUAGUUUUCUGGUAUGUAGUGUUUAGUGUCUGUAUGGUUUACUGCUGUCUUUGAAGCCAAGCUUUAAUUACAGUAUACCCGGUUUGUUAAACAGGUUCUGUCUCUUGGUCAUUAUCAAGAGUUUUGCUGAAUAUUCUCUUCAUUGUGUAAGAGCUUCCCCUGUAGUCUAGUUCUUGUAUCUGUCUAAUAUUUAUUUUAUUUUCUGUUAAAUGAAAUAUAAGUAGCUAGGAAUUUUCUACAAAAUGAAGUCAAUGCUUUAAAAGUUAACGACCAAACAUGAUCACGAAAUAGAAACAAAAUGUUGAAAACUCUGAUGUUAUGAAAUAAAAUGGUUUAAAUUUUGA